AUGGCUUCUCGAGAGCAAUUGGAGCUGUCUGGCCUGAUAAAAUCAGUUCAUCAACGAUUACGAGAAUCCGCGAAACACUCCGAUCCUGAGACCGUCUGGCGGGAGCAUGUUCAGGACGCUCCGCUGUUGCAAAACUACGCCGAAGCCAUGCACAAACUGGCCACACGCUACUGGGACCGCACAAUGGAUGUGACCUGUAAACGUUCCAAUAGUCGCAUCGAUUGGGUUGUCGCUUCAUGCCGGAGUUAUUUCACUGGCCCAACACCGUUACUGUACUUGUUCCGUGAUAAAGACGACAAAGUAAUGCAGGCCAUUGAAAGCGGGUAUCGGCCAACCCAUCAACCGCACUAUGUAGAGAAAAUCAAAAUGCUCGACGUUGGAAGCUGCUACAACCCAUUUGCCGCGUUCGCGGACUUCGAAGUGACCGCCAUAGACAUUGCCCCAGCACAGCCGGAUGUUUGGUAUUGCGACUUUCUCGAGGUCGACGUGAAAGAGAGCAUCGACCGCCCACAGUUUUUGCCGGAGCACCACGCAAUCGAAGCAUUUCCACGGAGCCAUUACGAUGCGAUCGUGUUUAGUUUGCUGUUGGAGUAUUUGCCAUCACCCGACCAGCGGCUAAGAUGUUGCAGCAAAGCCUACGAAAUGCUACGUCCGGAGGGUAUUCUGCUCAUCAUUACGCCCGAUAGCCGCCACCAGGGUGCGAAUGCACGCUUAAUGAAGAGCUGGCGGUACACGCUCGCCGGAAUCGGAUUUACGCGGAUUAAGAUUGAGAAACUGGAGCACGUUACGUGUAUGGUGUUCCGUCGGUCGUUAUUCGCUGCCAUUGGGAAGCGAUGGUGUGCGAUUCAUCGCGAGGCGUACAUGGAACCGGUACUGAACAUACCGCAAGACUUUAAUGAAACGCCGACGAACGACGAACGAAUGGAUUUCGUAAGGAGUAGAGCGGACGACGACGAAAUAAGGGAAGCAUUCUCUGGACUUCCCUUCGAGCACAGUUGA